AGCAACAACCACUGUCAAUGUCCAUCAAAAGUUAUUUAAGCACUGCCGUCUUGGCUGAUUUAAAUUCAUCUAGAAUUCCACAGUAGACUUUCUAUUACUAAAAUGUUAUCACGGCGCUUUUUCAGCGCAGCUUUUUGCUGUGCGGUCUUGAACGCUUGGUCCGCAGGAAUGAAAGCAGAGGAUCCGGUUUCCGUGCCACUGCCUCACAGCGACUGCACACGAACAACCAAUGGAACCACCGUGGCGUGCAUUCGCAGUGACAAUUAUACUAUUCCCGGCAACUUCGAUGUCACCUUAUUUCCCACGGAUGUGACGACCAUCAUGGUGGGAAAGGUGGACGCCCAUUUCACUGGCAAAAAAACGAAUACCAUCCACAACGACGCUCCACCGUUACCGGCAGAUUUAAACGCUUUGAGAACCGUAUCUUUGUUCCACUUUCAAGGAACUAACGGAGUGCGUGUACCCUUCGAGGUCUUCUUAGUCAACGUCAAAGACCGGCUCACUGCUUUACAUUUGAAGUACUGUCGUAUUGGUACACUCAGCGCCAACUUCCUUGACGGAUUUGUACAGCUGCGCAUGCUUGAUCUGAACGACAACGAUAUCAGCCAGAUCAAUGUGGCUGCUUUUGAAGGUCUAUCCAGUUUACCACAAUCAGGGCCUGGACUUCUGGAUACGCUUCAGCUAACGCGAAAUCAAAUUACCACGCUGGAUUGGAGAGUAUUUGCUCCGAUUGCGAACUCGUUGACACAACUCGGGCUGGAAUUGCAGAAGGUUCCUAAGUUGAGCACACUAACCUUAAGCAAACCUUACCAGUUCACCCAGUUGCGCGAUUUGGAUCUUAGUGGGAACUCAUUAGAUUUCUUAUCCCGUCCGAUUCUCGACACCGUACCCAUAACCAAUGACUCGUUUAUUAUACUAGAUGGCAACGCUUUCUGCCCUACCAGCAGAACCUGCGCUUGUUGUGCUGCCAAGGAUUUCGUGAGUUGGGCGCAUGAGCUGACCAACCUAACGGGGGCGCAGCGACCGGAACUAAUGAUGUUUUCGUGUGGGACGACGGGCACGACAGCGUCCUGGUACGUGGAGUGGACUGGGGAAGACCUGCCACCGCUAGAGCAGUAUGCAUGCUGCAGCAAUCCGGCUGCGCAGGACUGCAUAACUACCACAGCCACGCCGAGUACCACGACCCGUACUACGACCCGUACCACGACCCGUAUCCCGUCCCGUACCCCGCCCCGUACCACGCGUCGCUCCACACCGGCGCCAACCAAACCCUGGGAUAAGGAUGAUACGACAAAGCCAGAGGGUCCCGGUGGCGCUGCAGUGACCGAUCACCGUACUGGACUAACGCUGAUCGUAUUUUUGGCUGCUAUGUUUCUCUUGCAUUGGUAAUGUCAAGGUCAUGCCUUGAUCUGAGCUAAUUUCUAAACGACACGGAUGAUACAGUUAACGCUGCGAAAUGUUUGAGG